AUGCCAACCACUAGCGUCGCCGCCCAAGGCAGUAGCGGCGGCGGCGGCUCUGCGUACAGGUCCGGGGAGCGGUCUUUCACAUCGUCUUCCUUGUCUCACGGCGGGACGCGGGAGGCUGAACAUGCCGGGUCGUCAUGCUCACCGCAGCCGUGCGGGUCGGCAUCGCAGCACGACCGCCAGCAGCGCCUCUACGAAGAGGAUGGCUUAACGCUCAUCUCUGUGGAGUACAUCCAGCGACUCUGGCUCAUGCGGGCAGUUAGCCGCACCGUGCUGGCCCCGCUCGAGCGCGUAAAGUACGUAAUGCAGUGCCAAAAGGAGCUCCAACGCGCGGGAGCUCUUCAGUGCGAGUUCAAGACAGUGUGGUCCUGCGUGAGUUACCUGAGGCACAUGGAGGGGACGCGGAGCUUCUGGCGCGGCAACCUCAUCCAGGUGGUCUCGCUUCUCCCUAUCCUGCUCGCACAAGUCUUUAUUGCGUACCCAACACAGUCGUUCAUCUUCAACUUCUGUGUGACGCAUUCUGUGGUGGACUACACGGUGGCCAGCUACGCCGCCCUGCUCGGCGGUGCACUGGCGGCCACCAUGGUGAGCUACCCCCUAGAGUACGCGCGGUUCCGCCUCGCCGUCGACGUCAAGUCCCACGUCGGCGCCUCGUACAAGUUUCGCAAUAGCUUCGCCUUUUAUUCCCAUCCUGUGAUGAGCGAAUGCCCCCACCUCCUCUACCGAGGCCUCACUCUCUUUAUCUUUGGCAGCGUUGUCUACCAGUCUGUGCAGAAUGCUCUGCUGAACCUCAUAGCGCCGUACGUACCACCAGACGAGGAGGGCAGUGGGUGGACCCCGGCGAUCAUUCAAACAGUGUGUGGCUUGACGGUAUCCGGCACGACGACCCUGUGCCUGCAUCCGAUAGACCUGGUGCGCCAUCGCAUGAUGGUCGCUGUGAUGGAGGACCGUCUACAGUACUCAUCCGCCAUGAAGUGUAUGGUCCGCAUCGCGCAGAAGGAGGGCAUCCGUGGCUUCUUCCGCGGCGGCACCGUUACCCUGACGAAGAUGAUAACGGCGACAGGACUUGUCUUGGUGGGGCUGCCGUACUAA